AUGAUACCCCACCCACCGAGAAGCAGAGAUAGCAUGAGCUCUACCGAUCCGAAGUCUGCGUCGGUGUCGGCGACUCCCCGGGGCGCGUCAGCGGUCAUGCCGUCCGCCGAGCGAAUCGUGCCGGCCUUUCACGAGCCCUUUCUCUUUGAUGACGAGCUGGAGGCGACCGACGACUCGUUCAUCCGCAGGUACAACCUUGCUGCUGCAGACGACGAUUUUCCUCUUCUGCUGAAACCGCAAGAAACGCAGGGCUUGAGUCCCCAUCCCGGACAGCCGUCGCCAAUCGCGCCCCAGCUCUCGACAUUUUCGAGCGCUCUGGACCUUGCUUCUCUGUCGCGCAUGACCAAGCGGCCCACACAUGAUAGCAUGGCACUGUCACCGUGGCUUCAUGCAGAGCGACUUCAGACUCCGAGUCGCGACAGUCUCUCGGUCACUUCUGCGCCACCGGCCGCCACGGCGGCUGCGGCUGCCUCUCUUCUUCUUCCGCAUGACACGCCCACAGCGUCCAUGGCGGCUUCAUUUGCGCCUCCCGUGCCUGACUUGUCGAUGGACGCGCGACCGAUGCCCGGCACGUCACCGCUGGUUUCGUCGCUACCGUCGCUAGGCAACAUGGGGUGCCGCGUGCCAGAGCCAGAUGCCAGUCGCAUGAAUGGACGACGUGCGGAGCGCAAGCGGACCAGGGCGGUCGAUGAGGUGCCCAGGUCGAUGCGCCGUUCGGACGUGGACCUCGCCUCGAUGCAGCUCGACGAGCUGCGUGGAGACAUUGCGCAGCUGUGCCGCGACCAGUUUGGGUGCCGCUUCUUGCAGCGCAAGUUGGACGAGCGUAUACCGGCGCAAUGCGAUUUGAUCUUUGCGGAGACAUUUCCGUACUUUGCGGAGCUGAUGACGGAUCCUUUUGGCAACUACCUGUGCCAGAAGCUGCUGGAGCACUGUACCAAUGCGCAGCGCGACCUGAUUGUGGAAUCGAUCGGUGACGACCUCGUGAGCAUCUCGCUGAACAUGCACGGCACACGUGCGGUGCAAAAGACGAUCGACUUCUUGUCGACGCGCACGCAGACGCUCGUGAUUAUUCAGGCGUUUGCCGAGCACGUCGUGGAGCUCAUCAAGGACUUGAACGGCAACCAUGUCAUCCAAAAGUGUCUGCAUCGCCUCGACGCACAGGACAACCAGUUUAUCUAUGAUUCUGUGGCUGCGCACUGCGUCGAUGUGGCGACACACCGCCAUGGGUGCUGUGUCCUGCAGCGGUGCAUUGACCAUGCAUCGCACGCUCAGCGCCUGCAGCUUGUGCGCGAGAUCACCAUGUACUCGCUGACGCUUGUGCAAGAUCCGUUCGGCAACUAUGUUGUGCAGUACGUGCUCGAUUUGAACGAACCGGCGUUUACAGCCGCGAUCACGCACGAGUUUCUGGGCCAUGUAUACCAGCUGUCGACGCAAAAAUUCAGCUCGAACGUCAUGGAAAAGUGCCUGCGUGUGGCGGAGCCGUCCAUGCGCCACAAGCUCGUGGCUGAGCUGCUCGAUGCGCAUCGUCUCGAGUUGCUCCUUCGCGACUCGUUCGCCAAUUACGUCGUGCAGACGUGCCUCGACUAUGCCGAACCCGCUCAGCGUGCGCAACUGAUCGAGUGUAUUCGCCCGAUCCUGCCAUCGAUCCGACACACGCCGUACGGCAAGCGCAUCCAGAGCAAGCUCCAGCGCGGCACGAAUGACGAGCCCAAGUCGCGUCGCGAGUCGCGCCAACAAGGCGUCUACCGUGCGCCGACUUCGCGUCCAGCGAGGCGCUCGGAGCCUGUGGGCCACGAGGAGAUGGUAUCGGCUCUCGAUCGCAUGCAUCUCGGCACCUAUGCAGCACCAUCGGGCGACAUGGCCCUGGCCACGGCGGCGACUCAGCGGCCGUGGUGA